UUCAUUAAAUUAAAAAUAAAAAUCCCGAGCGGUACACUUCCGCGGUACCGCCCGGCGGCACACAAGCUUUUUCCAAAGCCCAUAAACUCUCUUGGAGUUGGCAGUUACACAGCCCUAGACUACUCCAGCCACCGCCGGACGCAGUAUCUCGGGAGCCACCGACCCAACCCAACCCAACCAGACCAUGUGGCCCCUCAUCUGCAGGAAUGCCCGGACUCUCCGUCAUAAACAUUUUCUCGGCUCCCGAAACUCGAAUCCUCCCUGUACCCGACAUUACCGCACCUCCGUCGUCUCUCCGCAAACAGGAACCUCCAUGGGCCUCUACGGCUUCGACCACUUGAAGUCCCCCAAAGGCUUUCAACGUUUCGUUGACGAUGCCAUUGAAAGGUCUGGGGAACUCGUUGCUUACAUAUCCGGCAUGCCUUCAUCUGCCGAAAUCAUCCGAGCCAUGGAUGAAAUUUCCGAUACGGUUUGUUCGGUGGUUGACUCGGCGGAACUUUGUAGAAAUACUCAUCCAGACAGGGAGUUCACCGAGGAGGCUAACAAGGCAGCGAUGAGAAUCAAUGAGUAUCUACAUUAUCUCAAUACCAAUCAUGUUCUUUAUGAUGCGGUCAGAAAAGCUGAGCAAGAGGAUCAUCUGCUCACAGAAGAAGCUCAAAGGGCAGCUCAUUACCUACGUGUUGACUUUGAGAGGGGUGGAAUCCAUCUCUCUGCUGAUAAAUUAGAUCGAGUGAAUCAACUAAAUAUAGAGAUUUCUCAGCUGUGCAGGGAGUUCAAUGAAAAUAUUAUCAUUGACCCAGGUUCUGUGGAUAUAUUUCCUUCAUCACGCAUCCCCAGAAGUUUGCACCAUCUUGUUAAGCCCAUUUACCGUUCCACAUCUAUUAUACCAAAGAAGUUGCAGCCAAGGGAUAACCUGAGAGAGAAGGGAUUUCAGAUAACAACAGACCCACAUACCUUAUCUUCUGUUCUACAACGGGCACCAGACGAUGAGGUUAGGAAAAUGGCCUAUGUCCAAGGCAACUCUGUCCCGAAUGCAAACCUUGGAAUUCUUGAGAAGCUUAUAUCUGCUCGCCAUGAGCUCGCUCAGAUAAUGGGGUGUAGAUCUUAUGCCGAGUUUGCUGUGAAGCCUAACAUGGCUUCCUCGCCAGCAGUUGUGAUGUCCUUUUUGCACGAGAUGAGCAAGAUGGUCCGGCCCAGGGCUGAUGAGGAGUUUAAGAAAAUUAGGGCUUUCAAAGGGGAAAAAUGUGGUAAAACAUUUGGAGAUUUAGAGCCAUGGGAUGAGGCAUACUAUACAUCAUGGAUGAAGUCUUCCACCUAUACCUUGGACUCUUCAGUUGUGGCAUCUUAUUUUCCUUUGCCGCAAUGUAUUGAGGGUUUGAAAGUGCUGGUGGAGUCAUUGUUUGGUGCAACAUUUCGUAGCAUUCCACUGGCUCCCGGUGAAUCAUGGCAUGAAGAUGUGCUUAAAUUCUCACUUUAUCAUCCAGAAGAGGGUGACUUGGGGCAUCUGUACCUUGAUUUAUACUCAAGGAAGGGAAAAUAUCCAGGUUGUGCUCAUUUUGCAAUUAAAGGGGGCCGCAGGAUUUCCGAAUCAGAGUACCAACUUCCUGUUGUAGCACUUGUUUGCAAUUUUUCUGGUUCAUGUAAUCCAUCAACCGUGAGGCUUAACCACUGGGAAGUAGAAACUCUUUUUCAUGAGUUUGGACAUGCUCUUCAUUCAUUGCUUUCAAGAACGGAUUACCAACAUUUUUCAGGUACCAGGGUGGUUCUUGAUUUAGCUGAAACACCUUCAAACCUCUUUGAGUAUUUUGCAUGGGACUAUCGAGUCUUGAGGACAUUUGCUAGACAUUAUAUAACUGGUGAAAUAAUUCCUGAGAAGUUGGUGGAGUCGAUGCAGGGUGCCAGAAAGAUGUUUGCUGCUACUGAAUUGCAACGUCAGAUCUUUUACGGCUUAAUUGACCAAACGCUCUUUGGGGAGCAGCCAGCCUCACCAAAAGAUACAAGCUCUAUUGUUGCCAAUUUGAAAAGACAGCAUACUAGUUGGAAGCAUGUGGAGGGCACACAUUGGCAGACCCGAUUCAAUCACCUCCUGAAUUAUGGUGCAGGUUAUUACAGCUACUUGUAUGCCAAAUGUUUUGCUGCAACCAUUUGGCAGAAGCUGUGCCAGGAGGAUCCAUUAUCUUUAACCACCGGAAAUGCCCUAAGGACAAGACUUUUUCAGCAUGGGGGAGCCAGAGAACCAGCUAGUUUGUUGAAUGGUCUUGUAGGAGAUGGCAUUUUAAGAUAUUGUGAUGGAGGAAUUGUUCCGGACAUAACGAGCCUUUGUGAUGAGAUGAGAUUGAGUGAAGAAGGUGUUUAAGAGUAGCUCCUCAUCACCAGGGGAUGUGAAAUUAAAUAGAGAAAAUAGGAAGGGAUCGGGUUGGGUCGGAGAAGAUUGGAGGGUGAAAACAAAGGUUCCCAUUGAAGGUGAGACAGCUUAUGUACCGGACUAAUAACUGUCAUGCAAGGAUGCCUUGGGAAAGUUAGUUUGUGAUGGCAUCCCUGCUACUCAACUUGAGAGGAACUCAAAAAAUUUUGUUAGCAAGUUUUUGCUGUAUGCUUGGACAUAUUUGUCAGCAUACAACAAAUUGCACCUUUAGACCACCCAACCCUUUUCAAGAAUUUUUCCAGCUAGCUCAAUUUACUCGUAUUUUUCAUUUA